AUGGCCGGCAAUAUUGACUUCAACGCCUUGAAGGCUCGGGCGAUCGACUCUGGGGUCGACGAGGAGGCUGUGACGGUUAACACGCGUGCCUUGAUAGAUAAGGUAUUGGCCAGAUAUUCAGGGGAAUGGACUGUCCUCAGAGAGCUCCUUCAAAACGCCGCCGAUGCCUCAGCCACGCAAGUUACGAUAAAACUCGAAACCACACCUUCAACCACGGUGCCAGCGCCAUCCAUAGAUGACGAAACUGGAGCCAUCAAGCAUGUCAUAUCGCACCAUACACUGAAAAGCCUGAUCCUCAAGAACAAUGGUGUUCCUUUCAGUGCCAACGAUUGGUCUCGGUUAAAACGGAUCGCAGAGGGGAAUCCGGAUGAAACAAAGAUCGGAGCCUUUGGCGUUGGGUUUUACAGUGUGUUCUCUGACUGCGAAGAACCUUUUGUGUCUUCCGGAAAAGAUGCCAUUGCUUUCUACUGGAAAGGGAAUUCCCUAUUCACUCGACGGCUGCAACUUCAGGAACAGGAUUGUACUCCAGAAACUACUUUCGUCUUGGAGUAUCGGAACACUACUACGCCUGUACCUGCACUUUUGACUCUAUGCCAGUUCCUUGCAAGCAGUCUUACAUUUAUUGGAGUCGAACGCAUAGAGUUGUGGUUAGAUGGCUGGAAUCUAUUAAAGUUGGCGAAAAAGAUUGCCCCCAAGAUGAGCAUCAGUAUACCGAGGGAUGUCCAGACAAAAACCUCUGAGGGUUUAAUGAAAGUAAAGGAUGUUACACGAGAGGUUGCCCAGAUCGAUGCCACUUGGAUGUCUGCGAUUGAAUGGAAACCCCCUACAAAUUCUUCCCGUUUCGAGGUAGCUCGGGGGGAAGAUAACACGAGCUCGCUUCGGAGCUUUUUUUCUCGUUUGACUCGGGCCGCCGGUGGCAAUUCCGCUAUCAAGCCGUCAGAACACAACAAAGAUUCCCAGGCUCUUUUGUCUGCGGACCUAAUCUCAACCAGCUCAUCCUCCGUAUUUUUCCACAUUAGCACUGCGCAAAUACAGACCUCGGUAGGUCAGUCGUUUGGACAAGAAUUGCUCCGCGCAACCAAAAAGCCGGCACCAAAGACUACUUCACUUGCAAUACUAACCACUUCAUACGCUUCUAUGCAAACAUCAACCGGGGCAGGCGAGUUGGUUGCUAAGCCUAUCUUUGCUACAGUUUUGCCCUCCAAGUCCGGUAGGGUUUACAUUGGAUUUCCAACCCACCAGACCACUGGUUUGAGCGCUCACAUAUCGGCUCCCUCCAUAAUUCCGACCGUUGAACGAGAAAGCAUUGAUCUUAAUGCUCGCUGGGUGCGUACAUGGAAUGCAGAGCUUUUACGGGCCGCCGGAAUCGCAUGCAGAAUCGCCUGGGCUGCGGAAAUGGUUACUGUCAAGGAUCGAAUUUCCUCACAAAUGGCACGCGCCGGACGAUCGGCACCCCGACUAGAGGAUAUUGAACCAAUAGUUCCAGAAGCUGCCCAUAUCUGUAAUCAAUUUGUGUUCCGCGAAUCUACGCCGGCCACCCAAGUUGGUCAUAUCAUUGAGAACUCGUUCUGGACAUGUAGCCAAAACGCGUACCUGGAACUGUUGUCGACUUGUGGAGUACUCGCGAGUUAUAAAAUCCGCCUUGCGCCGAAAAAUUUAAGUUUUAUGGACUCCAUACCUGUUGUCCCAGACGCUCUUAUGUCUCGGUCCAAGGAGUUUAUAACCAGAUUGAUUGAUUUCGGGCUUAUCACUGACAUUACCGUGUCCGACAUCAAAAAGGAACUGGAAUCGAAACCGCUAAGUUCUAACCAGCUCACCGAGUUUAUUUCCUGGCUUUCAGAAAAGGCGACUAGUGCUGAAUUUGACCGAGCCACAAUCGGUACUUUGCUCGGUGUUGUGGUAGCGAACGACGAAUCCAACGGAGUACCCUGUGGGCUCCUUUUGCUAAGGGAUAUAACCGAAUUUCUCAACCCGUCUCGAAUUCCAGCAGAUUUACCAAUGCCUCCAUCUGUUAUCCCCUUCAAGUACUCCAAAACUUUGCAGACUGACCAGCUUGUUGCUUUAGGCUGGCAUGAGUUGCGGAUGGACAAUUGGAUCAGCUGGCUAAUUGAUAGUGAUGUCAAAGCUUUACUCCCGCAAGAGCAACGGAUAACUCGCUCGGCGUCAUUUUCAGCUCGCGUUUUGCCCGUCGUUUCAAAGCAAUGGGACAACUUACCCCCACAGUCGAGGAUGGCUGUCAUAAGCCUACUUCAACAACAUGCUGUUAUACCAACACCGUCAGGGAUGAAAAAGCCCUCCGAAGCCUAUUUCCCUUCUGUACGUUUGUUUGAAGACCUCCCCGUAGUCAAUGGUCUUGCCAAUGUGAAAGAAAAAGUUUUGGUGGCUCUUGGAGUCCGGAAAACAGUUGAUCUCAAUGUUAUUUUCGACCGGCUUCUCGGCGGCACCGGUGACACCAAAGAGAAUAAUUUUAAUUCUCAUAAGCCCCAGUGGAGUCAUGUUGAGCUGAUCAAAUAUCUCACCUCCGUUCGCAAUGAUAUCCCAAACAGCGAUAUUGCAAAGCUGAAGCAGGCUAAAAUAUGCACAGCUGAGGCAUCCACUACAUCGAACAAGCGAUACAGAGUGUGUGAACUCUUUGAACCAAAGGAAUCACUAAGGGAAUUAUGCUUGCCCAUGUUGUAUUGGCCUGGACAGUACCCAGCUGGGGGCGCAGAAGCACGGUUCUUGACACUGUUGGGUCUCAGGAGCUUUCCUUCUGCUUCAGACCUGAUUAAGCUGAUUGCCCGAACAAUACCUGAUCAGAAUCUCAACUUAAGAGAUAAAGCUUUAGCUUAUUUUAUCAGUGCGCAUGUGGCUAACGGAUAUGCGAAUUUCGAAUAUGCGACGGUCGACAUUCCCUUCCUUCCACUGGAGGAUGGAACCCACGGGACUCCUACCCAAUGUUUCACGGAUAGGGGAGCUUCUCUUCUGGGGUUCAAGCUGAUCAGAAAGGAUCUCGAGCCUCAUGCUUCUAAAUUUGGAGUAAAACCGCAUCCUCCAAUUCAGGAUUGUGUUAAUAUCCUGCUUCGAAAACCCCCUCAGUCUACAAAACAGGCCAAACAACUUUUUGGAUAUUUUGCUGGGCGGCUUGCUGAAAUCAACACUUCGACACUCCAUCGCAUCGGCAGUGCGCCGAUUGUCCCUUUGGCUCGCGAGCCUGCAUUCAACGACAAACACCAGCAGCCCGCUUUGACCUAUAUUGCACCACGAGACUGUUACCUUGGUGAGAGUGAUGACUACAGCAACAUUUUUGAUUUUGUGGAUUUUAGCGCUGAAGCCAAUCUAUUUCUUCUCGCCUGUGGGUCCAAGAGGGAGCCCACCACCGUUGAACUUGCCAACAUGCUCGUGAAAGAUUCCGCUAAGAUUGUUGCUCGGCUUCAAAGCCCAGACAAGUACUUGAAACUGUUGCGGGGUAUUGCAGACAAUAUGGACCAGAUCAGAAAAGAUCGAAAUCUAUUUAAGGAAAUGAAAAAGGCGGGUUUCCUACUUGCAAGCAAAGAACUGGCCGCGAAAGCGGGCAGUGGUACCGACGACCUGAAUGAUGAGGAGGAAAUGCCGGUCAAAGAAUGGCAGCUGAGCAGGGCUGCAGAUGCUGUUAUUGUUGAUGAUUAUGCUAGCUUUAGCUUAUUCAAGGAGAACAUACUGGCUGCACCUCAGGAGGAGACCUUGGAAGACAUGUACAUUCAGCUUGGCACUCCGAAUCUGAGCAGCAUUGUUGUGGAAGAUGUUCGGUGUGGCUAUGCUGCCCCAGACCAGCGUACUGCCGCCAAGUUACAAAAACAGAUAUGCGAGCGAACGCGGAUCUUUCUGCACGAUCUUCCCAAAGAAGUGAUAAAACACGAUGCUAGAUGGCUCGAGAAUCACCUGACGAUUCAGGUUGUGCAAUCGAUAUCAUUACGUCGCUCACUACGCGGGCGCAAUGGUGGCCACGUUGAAAAACGGAAUGCGGUUAUAUCGCAAAAGCAAAAUAAUUCAAAUCCUAUUUUGUGUAUAUCCCUAGGGGAUGUCAACUUCUACCAAGUCAGCCAGGCUUUGGUCCACAUCAUUCUAUUAAGACCCAAACUACAUUCCACUCUCACGCUGGAAAUGUUAUUGAAAACAGAUCUGCUUGAGCUUCGUCUUAGAGGCUACAACGUGGAGAGAAUUCUUCGACAGAAGGCUGCAGCAGCAAAAAUGGCGGAAAGCCAGCGGCAGCAGCAAAUCAAGGAUGAGCGAAAACUUCAAGAGGUUGAACAGGAGAGACGUCAGAGAGAGGGGAAAGAAGCUGUGGACGGAAAUCCUCACCCCAUGCCUGGCGUAUUCCCUGAUUUCAUUUCGAAUUCACUACCAAACCGGAGCGAGGAUUCAUCGCAGCCGCCUUCAACUAAUGAUCGAGGAAUGGGCGGUUUUAUCUCCGACCUUGGUCGCCGUUUUGGCUUAGACGAACUACUCCGAGGUAAUACCACGGCCCUUGGAGAUCGUACGCCUGAUACACCUCCGCCUCCCUAUCCAGGGAAAACGACCAACAAUCCGGGUCCAGGCUGUCACGUCUCCCCUAGUAUGCUCCGUCAAAAUCUGGAAACAGCCAUUACACGGUGUCGACCGCAUGGACAAGCUCCAAUUCAAAGUACAGGGCAAGUGACUCAGAUUUCGGACGCAAAGUCGUACUGCGAUGAACGCCCUGGUCAUGAUUUAGUUCAUGCGAGCGAUAUAGCUGGAACAUCCCUUCGAUUAUUCCUCCCUCGUUCGCACGAAGAGCCAUCCGGGUUCUACAAGCAAAACGAAGUCGCUCUUAACAAAUUUGCCGGCAUUCUGCUCGAUUGUAUCAGCAUCUUCGGGGUUCGAAAAGAUAGUGUCAGUAUUUUCUCCGAGCCAAACGGCAAGACUAUCGCCUUCAACUAUCGGGGAAGCAUAUUCUGUAAUUAUCACUAUUUUCAACAACUGCACUUCGCUAAAGUCCUGGAAGGUAAUCGAGCGGACACACUGGUGUAUUGGUGGACAAUUUUCUGUCAUGAACUCGCCCAUAACCUUGUACAGGCCCAUAACUCCGAGCACAGCUAUUAUACGUGA